AUGGAAAUAACAACAUUAAUUACGAAAUACGAUAUAAAUAAUAAACCUGUGUAUGCUAAAAUAUUAUACAAACCAAAUGAAAAAAAUUUAUUUGCAAUCACAAUAUAUGAAGAUAAUAACAGUUGGUCGGGAGAAUUUUCGCAUGAACUAGCAAAAAAGAACAGAGAACGUGUUAUUGAGACUGAAGAAGUGUAUAAUGAGAAUGUUAUGAAAGUUCUUUCGAAACAUACUGAUACUGACUAUAGUUUUGAUCUCACCUUACAUGCUGAUGAUAACAAUGCAGCCACUUUCAGCUGGAAGAAGAAAUUACGGUCUGGCGCUUUAGUUCACGGCUCUGUAGUUGUACAUCGUGAUGAAGUGCCAGUUUCUAAAGACAGCAUACUUGAUAUUUUAAUACUUGAAAAUCUUGAACUGAAGAGUAAACUUAAAUCUGUAAAUUUAAAAAAUGAAGAACUUAGCCAAGACUUAGAUAAAUGUGUGGAAAGCUUAGAAAAAGCCACAGAACUAAAGGAGGCUUCAGAAGAAAUCUUGUAUGGUAAAUUUGUGCAACUUUUGAAUUCUAAAAAGAGAAGAAUAAAACUAUUAGAAGACAAUAUAUCUAAAUAUUCAAAAUUAAAUUAA